AAAAAGUUCCAUUCACUCAUUCAGCAUCUCCUUCGUUACUUUCCCACGUUCCUCGGACCAAAUCCAUUCCGAUCAGAAUACCUCCAGUCAAACAAAAACCCUUUUGAUCUCUCGUCUCCCUCUGUUUCUGCGUUUGAUUCAAUAUCAGAUAUGGGGGUUGGAUUAUCUAUUCUAAUCGGAUUGAAAGCAGCAAUUCUAUUCACAAUGUUCGUCUAUCUAAGAACCCUAGGGUUUACUUUACUAUCAGUUCCCUUCUUGUACGCAUCUCUAGUAUCAUUGCUCGUCUCCCUCGCUUCACACCCUUUAAUCAAUUUACCAAUGCUAUUAGGAAAAAACACAGACGGAUCCUUCCCAAUUUGGUCCCUACUCAUGUUUAGCCCUUACUUGUAUUUUGUCCGAGGGUUUUCAGCACUUCGAAGGUUAAAAAGCAGGGAAGCGCCUUACAGCGAGGUGUCUAAGGGUUUGUACGUCGGUGGGUGGCCUUCUUCGCCGGAAAAAAUGCCGCCGGGUAACCCUGCUGUAAUAGAUUGCACCUGUGAGUUACCCAGGGUUUCUGGUUUAUCUAAAAAUGGUUAUCUCUGUGUUCCAACGUGGGAUACAAGGUCGCCGGAUCCAGGUGCCAUGGAAUCAGCUAUUCGAUGGGCUUUGAGAAAGAGGACUCAGAAUACUCCUAUCUUCAUUCAUUGUGCUUAUGGCCAUGGAAGAAGUGUGGCGUUGAUGUGUGCUUUAUUGGUGGGUUUGGGUGUUGUUGAUGACUGGAAAAAUGGUGAGAAAUUAAUCAGAGAAAAACGACCUUAUAUUCGAAUGAAUGCUCUUCACCGGAAAGCCUUGGAAGAAUGGUCAAUGAACCGGUUAUCUCCUCCCAAAAAUGGAUCCAAUGCACGUUAUUGAUUAGGUGGCGAGUCCGCAUGGCAUCACGGGAGGUUAAGAGUUUUUGUAUUGCUUCUGAGAGUCGUUUGACCUUUUGACCAUGGUUCGAUGCUUGUUUGUUUUCUGUGGUUAAAUCUUGCUCGUUUUCAUGAACCUUGGACUUGUGAAGCCUCAUGUAUUUCAUUUUAGGAUUUUUGAUGUGUGUGUGUUGUGUGUAUUUGGUUGCAAUUUAUAAGGGGUUUUAUGAAGGUGUGGAGAUAAAAAGGAAGGAUGGAUAUAGAUGGGGUGGUUGUGACUUUCAAUAUUAUAUAACAAGUAACGUUACCUCUA